AUGCCAGAAGACUUGUGGCGCUUUGAGGAGAAGGAAUACAACGGUCCUUCAGGACGUAAGAGGAGGAAGUUCAGGGUCUUCGCUCGAUAUCUCACAGAACAUGAUUUGGACAAGCUGAAGUUACGUGCUAAGCGGGUUCGAAAGCUGACGAUAACGAUAAGGGAAAGCAUCAGCGAGUCCCUUAAAAGACUGUCAACAAUCCAAGCCGCCAUCACCUUCCCGGACUUUCCUGUUUUCACCAAUCUGCGAACCCUCGAGGUGAAGGCAGCGGAUGACUGGGUUAAGUCCGCAGAUAAAACACAGGAUAUUUCGUACUUACGCAUCCUUGCCGGGCCCUCUCUGCGCCAGCUGCGCUUCGACAUCCCGUUGGAUUCUCCAGAAAAUGUGUCCAUAUUAACAGCCUUGCCUCGCCAAUGCAAAAACGUCACGGAAUUAAAAUUAGGCCCAGCGAUGAGCUCUGGUCCUUUCUCGUCCGUAGUGUUGGACAGGGCCUUAGGACACUGGGACCAACUGCAGGAAAUCUACGUCGAGACCAUCCAUUCGCUCGGACAUUUGGUUACCCUCUCCCACCUUCCGCGCUUACGAACUUUAGAAUUGGAAAUGGGACUCCUUCAAGAUGUGUCUGCUAGUGGACCGUCGGGAGGCUUCCGGAGCCUGACUCGCCUGAAGGUUUUUGUGCUAGGACAAGACAGCGGAACAGAGCCUCUGCUUCGCCUCCUUGGCCACCUUUUCCACUCCCCGCUCAGCGAUCUCGAAUUUUACAUCCAAUCCAAUUCCCGUGACGACCGCGACCUUCCCUUGAUUCUCAAGCGCCUCUCUCAGGUUAUCAAUUCGAAAACCCUGGAGAGGUUGAGCAUCGGCGUCUGGACCCAAGGGAUGGAUCCAGCAGUUGGCUUAUCGGACGACCCCUAUCAUCUGGACGCUUUACAACCUUUCUGCAACGUCCAUGCCCUCAGGAUAUGGAUGCCCCGGGCCACCCCACUUCCCCCUCUCCUCAGCCUCGGCCGGGCAAUUCGCGGCAUCCGUUCCCUGGAUUUGGGGCCAGAGCCUGCUGUGCACAUUUCCCCACGACUAGACAUUCGAGAUUUAGUGCCCAUCGCACGGUCCUUCCCCAAAUUAAAGACUCUCGCGCUCCCAGCUCUAGAUGCCCCCGCUCACACCUCGAUCCGCAACUGA